GGACAUUUAAAUUUUCGCCCCCCCCCCCCCCCCCACCAAACUAUUUAACCAUUAAUUAUACUAUAGUAUAAUCAGUCGAUGCGUGACAGUGUAUGUGCAUAAAUAUAAAGAAUAUUUAUAUCGAUAAUAAUUAUAAAUACAUUUAAGUUUGCAUUAAAUUGUUUCGAUUUAGAGAGGCUUGUGCCGUUGGGAUUAAAUUACUAGUCAUGCUUUUAGGUGGUGACGUGGCGCAGUGAUUUUUUUUUAAUUUUAUUUUUUCUCAUCAUCUACGUAACUAUACGUACAUGUGAGUGUGUGUAUUUAUGAGUUAUAAAUAAGUGUGCAGAUCAUCUCAUUUUCUUCCACGUUGUAGAAGAAGAAGCCCUUUUCAUUGUUUUUGAAUUUUGAGUUGCAAACUUCCACAUUUUGGGAUCAUGGAGUUCAAGAUUCUGCCCUUCAUUGCAUUUCUCUCUGUGGCAAUAGUUGUGAGCCAUGCAGCUUUGCCUUCAGAGGAGUAUUGGAAUUCUGUGUUGCCAAACACUCCCAUGCCUAAAGCUGUAAAAGAAUUGCUGCAGCCAACAUCUGAAUGGCUGGAAGACAAGAGCACAUCCGUCGGAGUAGGCGGCGGCGGAGUGAACGUCAACAACAAUAACAACACCCACGUCAGCGUCGGCGGCAAAGGUGGCGGCGUCACCGUCGGAACACACAACAGAAGGGGCAGACCCGUCUACGUCCGGGUCGCACCCGGACAGAGCCCGUUCAUAUACCAUUAUGCUGCCACCGAGUCUCAGCUGCACGACGACCCCAACGUGGCCCUCUUCUUCUUAGAGAAAGACUUGUAUGCAGGCAACAAGAUGAACCUGCAUUUCUCAAAACCUGCAAACGUCGAGACAUUCCUGCCGCGGCACGUUGCCGACUCGAUCCCCUUCUCCUCGAGCAAGUUGCCGGAGAUCUACAGCGAGUUCUCCGUGAAGCCCGACUCCGAUGAAGCCGAGGCGAUCAAGAAAACCAUCCAAGAAUGCGAGGACACGGAGUUGGUGGGAGAGGAGAGGUUCUGCGCGACUUCCUUGGAGUCGAUGGUCGAUUUCAGCACGUUCGUUUUAGGGAAGGACGCGAGGGCGGUGUCGACCGAGGCCGAGAGCGCGGAGCAGAAAGUGUACCGCAUCGAGGCCGUGACGAGGAUGCCGAGCGACAAGCCGGUAGUGGUGUGCCACAAGCAGGAGUAUGCAUACGCCGUGUUCUACUGCCACAAGACUGAUACCACGGUGGCUUACGGGGUCUCGUUGGUGGGAGCCGGAGGGUCCAAGGCAGAAGCAGUGGCCGUGUGCCAUAGGGACACGUCGGAGUGGAACCCGAAGCACUUGGCUUUCCAGGUGCUCAAGGUGAAGCCCGGGUCUGUCCCAGUCUGCCAUUACCUACCUGAGAAUCACAUUGUGUGGGCUUCAAAGAAUUAGAGAAAUAAGCAUAUGCAUCUAUAUAUACAUGUUAUUUAGUGUGUGUGUGUGUGGAUGUAUUUUAGAAUUCGGAUAUCUACAUAUAUGUAUGAUAUGUGGAUAUAUGUAUCAGACUGUGAGUCUUUCUUUCAUGAUAAUGAAAACCAAAAUAAAUUAUUUUUCCAA